AUGGCAAACUACGACGCUGUCCGCAAGGAAAUCGCUUCAAUUUUAAAGCACGAAGAUUAUGAUGACGGAUCAUUGGGACCCGUAUUUGUUCGUCUCGCAUGGCACGCUUCAGGCACAUACGAUAAGAACUCCAAAACUGGCGGUUCAAACGGUGCCACAAUGAGAUAUGCUCCGGAAUCUACUGAUGGUGCAAACAAUGGUUUGGACCUUGCCCGUGCAUUCUUGCACGCCAUCUCUGCAAAAUACCCUCAAAUCUCUGUUGGUGAUUUGUGGACUCUUGCUGGUGUCGUUGCCGUCGAAGAGAUGGGUGGACCAAAAGUCCCAUGGAAGUCUGGACGUGUUGACGUCAAGAAGGAAACUGUUGCCGUCCGUCCUCAAGUCGUCCCACCAAAUGGUCGAUUACCCGAUGCUACUCAAGGUGCCCAACAUUUACGAGAUGUGUUCUAUCGUAUGGGAUUCAACGAUCGCGAAAUUGUCGCUUUGAGUGGUGCUCAUGCUCUUGGACGUUGCCACAAGGAACGAUCCGGCUUUGAUGGACCAUGGACCAACACUCCAACACGAUUCUCAAACCUGUACUUCAAGCUCUUGUUGAACGAAACAUGGACACCAAAGAAAUGGGAUGGCCCUCUCCAAUACGAAGACAGUACUGGUGAAUUGAUGAUGUUGCCAACCGAUAUGGCAUUGACCAAGGACCCAGAAUUCAUGAAGGUGGUUAAAUUGUACGCUGACGACAAGGAGGCCUUCUUCAAGGACUUCAGCGCUGCCUUUGCCCGUCUCAUCGAAUUGGGCGUUACCCGUACUGGCAAACUGUAA